GGAGAACCGGUGCCACUACGGCCUGAAGACCUGCACCUCCGUGCGCUUCUACAACCGCCGCCACGGCACCCGCAUCCGCGAGGACAUCACGACUCUGUCUCGCUCCCGUCUAAAGCCGUUGCAAGCAGCUGAGACGGUCGCCAUGAGAGCGGUCACGGCGGUGGCUGGUUUUGAAGCGCAUCCUCUUAAAUGCCUUGGGAUGGAAACUGCCGUAAGAAAGACGGUGCCUGGGCCUCUUGCAGUGCUUUUCAUCCCCAGCCCUCCUAGGCCCCGGUCCAGCUUCGUGUCCGCUUAAGAGCUCUUUACCUGCCUGUUCGAACGUGAUCUCUUGUGCCUGGACCACAUCUGGUCGAAAAGUCGUGGCCUGCAUUUUCAAGCCAGGGGGUACAAUGGUGUGUGCUAAACGUGGAAACAAAUACCAGGUUCCUGCGCGGUUCAUGCUGGUGAAGUUCUGUUGUAUCCGAUCGCGGGAAUACAGUAAGAAGAGGAAACAAGAGCCCAACUUGUGCCCUGCUUACUUUGUCUUGCAAUAUAAUGAGGAGAUUGACCGGCUGGUGAUCACGGAGCUGAACGGUAAACACGUUCAUGUCGAGCCAGGAACUCCCAUGGUUCUUACAGGCUCUUCUCGGGUGACAAGAAGAGCCAGCUCCACGAUAGAUGACAAACCUGCAACAAAACUGCGUAGACAACAAGAAACUAAGGCAGAAGACUGUGAAACAGCUGGCAAGGACUCUGCGACACCUGACAGGACUCCAGACAGGUCUUCUCCUCUGCUCAGUAAGGUUCCUGAGGCAGUCAAGGAAAAUGCCUCUCCCUCAGCUUUAGUGAAGGUUGCUGAAGUCAUGAAAAACUUCCUGAGGGUGGACAUGGGGUCAUUGGCUUCGAUCAGCGUGGGCAGCAGCCAGGAGCUUGACAGGCUGAACUUCCAGACCAGCAAAAUGAAGAGCCUGUUUGUCAAGUUCUCCGAGAGCCUCUUGCUGCACAGGGUGCAGAGUGAGAGAGGACACGUGCUUUAUGCCUUCCUAGCAGAAAGCAAGGACCGAGUGGGGAAGCUGGUUCAUUUUGCUGUCCUCAAGGAGGACACUGGGGAGAACGUGAGUAAAAUGCUUACAGUCUUCAAGGAGUUCAAUCCAGAGUGGCAGAAAGUCAAGGUGGUCUUUGUGGACAUGGCCUUCCUUCACAAAGCCACCUUGCAGGAGCUCUUUCCGUCGGCCAAAGUGCUGCUCUCCGUUUAUCACACUGCCCAACUCCUAGAGAAGAAGGUAGAGGAAGCAGAAGUCUCUUCUUCCUUCAAGCGUAAUGUGACACUAGCUUUGAGGGAGGCUGUCUUUUCCCCUUCCAGCCCAAAGCUAGAUGGCUUGUCUCAGCUGGUGAAGCGCUUGGUGGACAAAGAGUUCUUUGACUCUCUUCAGGCCAACUGGUUCUCCUGUGAGAUGCUGUGGUACUUGCAUGCAAAGAAAGGUCUCCUUUCCUGCAGCACCUACAUGGACAGUCUGGACUUCAUCACCCAUAAACUAUCCACUCUCUUUAGCAAGCGGUCGCCACUGGAGACGAGCAUCCUUCACUUUGUCGAAUAUGCAGACUGCUUUGACACCAAAGGCCUGGAAAACCUGAAGCAGGGUUUCUCGCCAGAGGAUGGCCGGAACAGCCUCGAGAAGCCUAAAGCACGCACGCGUACCACCCCAAAACGUGCUCCUGAUGCUCCGGUGCAGGCCCAGAUCAGCUCUCCUGAGCCUCCCCAGCAGGUCAUCAAGCAGGAACCAGCUAAGGCCACGGGCGCUAUGCUGGCAGCUCUGCACAAGAGUUGCACUGACCUCAGCUACCAGCUGUACCUGAGUGAGUGGGAGGUGAUGCAGAAGUCAACCAAGAUCAUCAGCAUGAAGAACAAGAUUGUAGUUCAGCUGUUAGAAGACACGCACCAGGUCAGCAAAGAUUGCACGAGCUGCAGUUGUUACUUCCACUGUCGGUACCGGCUGCCCUGCAGGCACAUCCUGUCUGUGCUGCAUGCAAACAAGAGGGCAGUAGAAGAAGCUAUGGUGUGCAAGCGCUGGCAGAAGAAGCAUCAACACCCGUCAGGCUUGGGCAAGAACCUCCUGGACAACACUGAGCACUUAGCAGGUGCCCAGCCAGGGGCAGAAGAAAGGUCUGACAAAAUCCAGUCCCUCAGCAAGGAGCUUGCAAACCUGCUUCUGCAGUGUGAUGGGGAGGAGCUGGAAGAGCGCAGCUCCACGCUCAGAAUGAUUGUGGAUAUCUGGACUAAGUCCUCUGAGCCAGAGGAGGAAGAUGAGAAACCCUUUACCUGCAGAAAUGUGGGGGACCUGCCUUUCCUCUGGGUGAAGCAGGAGGAGAUGGAGGUGGAGCCGGCAGCAGCAGCUUCUGGAGAGUCACCGACAGACACCAAAAAGUUGCUAAUGUGAAGGGCGAAGCCUGCUGGGCGCGGACAUGAAGGAUGAACUGAGCUGUUCCUGGAGAGUUAAUGGGUCGACCCUACCCCAGCCUCUUCCCCUCCCCGCUCUGUCCCAAGGAGAUUCAGGGUUAUGGUGAACUUGUAGGACUGUUAAAGAUCCAGCUACGGAACAUGAGACUUUCCCCGGCGCCUGGCCGUCGACUCCGCCUCCCAGCUCUGGCACCUAUAAUAGGGUAGUUCCCAGCUGGCCACCGUCUGUCCAGCCAGUAGUUUCCUGGCGCUAGGGCUGCGGAAGCCAGGCUAGCAAUAUCCCCUUUUUGGAGGGCUCUUCACCUGCUGUUCUUCCACAAAAGCCUAGGAAGGCCGGCCCAGCAGCGGGGCCCAGGCUCAAGGCGGUUAGUUUCCCUCCUUUGUUCAUUUGAUAGUUCUUGGUUUUUAAAUCUGGAGUGAACUGGCUCUCGCUGCUCAGGCAACAGGAGAGUCGUUGGGGGCGCUGGGCAGAGCUGUGCAGCCUGGCGGCGGGGCCGCGGAGAGCUCGCUCCCCAGGGAAGUGCAAUGCUGCGGUGGCUCCCGCUCUGCCGCCAGCAGCGCCCCUUUGCUGCUGUGUUCAGACCAAAUGAAUUGCGAAUUAUUAAAACAUGGUUUCGGCUC